AUGGAAGAAUUUGACCUCUACAUAUUUCCCGGGGACUUUGGUCUGCCCUCUCUGGACCGCGAUUGCCUUCUCACACUGGUCUACUGUCGCCUUGCGGGCAUUCCCGUCAAAGUUCACCACCAAACGAAUCUGUACCUCUCCAAAGUGCCGGCACUCAAAGCAGCCCAUGGGGCGACCAUUUACGGGUCCACAGAAAUCAUCGAGUACUUUGAGCGCAAAAACUACGGACUAGAAACUUCACAGCAACAAAAGCUUGAGCUUUGGUCGUACAAGACGAUUCUCAGCAAAAAGUUGGACCCCUGCUUGCAGUACUUUUGGUGGUAUGACAUUGAAAACUACAACCAAUUUCUCAACGGUUGGUAUGCCAAACGAUUGCCUUUUCCAACCAAUUUCUUCAUUCCUAAGUCGAUGCGGAAUACUGCUAUUGCCAAGCUGGAGUCUCAGUUCAGCCACAAGGUGAUUGAGAGUGAAACGAAGGAGAAAACAAUUGAAAAUCAAGUGAUCAAUGAUGCCCGCUACUGCCUUAAUCUGAUCAUGGAGAAACUCGGUGAUAAUAACUUUCUCUUUGGCGAUAAGCCAACCUUACUGGACGCCAAAAUCUUUAGCUACCUCGCCCUGCUGUACAAAGUGCCUUCGAAGAAGCUAACCAUUCAGAACUAUAUUGCCAUGUCUGACCCGCUGAAGAAGUACGUCGAUCGAAUUGUCAAGUCAUACUUCAGCGGCGAAGAGAACAGCUCCAAAUCACCUUUUGACAACACCCUCUCCGGGGACAGUGGCUCCUCCAUCAAGUGGAUUGACGUUGCCUACUCGGCCGCCUUUGCCAGCGUCCUGAUGGUCUACUACGCCGUCUCGAAUGGCAUCCUUAACAUUAAAGAGAGUGAUGAGGAAGAAAUGGAAGACGAGCUACCAGUUGAAGAGGAGGAGGAGGAACAAUAG